UUUUUCAUUUAAAAAUACACUUUAAUUUAACUCCUGUUUCUAAUGCUCCAUUAAGAUCAGCAUCAGAUUCUUGUUCUUAGAAAGAGCUACACAUAUUCCUCUCAUUUUAUCCUGAGGUGGAAAAGAAUCACUUCCUUAUGAGGCAAAGGAGUCUUCAUACAAUGCAAAAAAGUUCUCUUCUUUUGUUCCCACUGCAAACUCUUUCUCCAUUCCAAAUAACUGAUCAAAAACAACUAAAAAAUAUGGUAAAAAUCUGCAUUGAAAUCUGCAUCAUAUCCGCCCGCGGCCUCCGGCGCAAAUCCUCUCUCUUGAAGCCUCAAUGGUUCGCUGUCGGCUGGAUCGAUCCCAACAACAAAUACUGCACCAAAAUCGACACGUCGGGCUCUCCGAACCCCACAUGGAAAACCAAGUUCUCGGUGUUGAUUGAUGGAGGAGAUCCCAAACUAAAAGAGUUGUCAUUAACUGUGGAGGUGCAUAGAAGAGAGCCCAUAUUCUUAAGGGAGCAUCUUCAAGGAGUUGCAGUUGUUCCAUUGAAGGAAUUCAUAGCGAAGUUUGUGCGCGAUGACGAAGGCUCGAGAUCGCUGGUCGAGGAAACGGGGAGUUUCCAGUUGAGGAAGAGGAGCUCAGGAAAGCCGAAAGGGUUGGUUGAUGUAUCGAUUUCGAUCUCUGAGGAAAGAGAAGGUCCACAAGAGGGCUUCACAUACUCAGAUCACAAGACUGGAAUCACACUAGCAAUAGAAGAUGGGCCAGUAUACACUUACCCCACACAACCGCAUCCGCCGGCCUUAGGCCAACAUGGGGGCUUCAGCCAACGCAAUUAUCCAUAUACCAACCCUUUAAAUCGCCCGAGUCCAUCAUCGGCAUCAGAUGCGAGCUUAUACGGCCGGCCUCCGACUCCACCGCCGCCACCGCCGCCCUCAUAUACCGGCUUCCUCCCAGCUCCUUUCCCACCAACGGCUCGGUUGCCGGAGAGUUACAUAAAUAUGCCAUCAAGUAGACCUGCAGGCCAAAGCUCUGGGCCCACCGGACCAGGCUUUACUAUGGGCCUCGGCGCUGGAGCAUUGGCUGCAGGUGCUAUGAUAUUUGGCGACGAUUUCUUAUCAGGCCCGAGUUUCCCUGCUGAUCUUGGGGGUGGAAGCCUCACUGUCUCCACUGAUCCUCCAUUCUGAUCUUUUAACUGUAAGAUGCUUCAGAGGAUGAUUUCAAUUGUGGCUUCUCAGUAACAAGAAAACAUAUGCUUUCUUGUAAAUAUUACAGCAAUUAAGCAAUAGCUUAUGAAAAAGAAAAAAAGAGUAAACUUACCAAUAGCCUUGUAGUUUCGUGAAAUAUAGUCCUUAAACUUUUCACUUAAACAUCUUCAAUCACUGAACUUUUCUAUAUUCUGCAAUUACAUCUCUGGCUCCAUUGCCAUCGAGCAUCGUCAUGUGCUUUGCACGUGACACCCAUCAUGUAAAACGGCCAUUUUUAACCCCAAUAUCAAAUAAACUAAAAGAAAAGGCCAUUUUACAUGUUAAAAAGGGAUACAAUAGUCAUUUUACAUAAGAAGGA